AUGAGGGAAGAGAGGGACGCAGGCAAACAGGCGAUAAAGUACAAAUUUAAAAUCCUAGAGAACGUGCAACUACCCUUUACCACAAAGAAGGGAGGCGGAGCCUACACAAUCACUCUAACUGUCAACAUGAACUGUCUUUCCUGUUUUAGAGUAGCGUGUCCAACCAUGGGAGGAAAUGCUCAAAGUAAGACCAUGCUGGUUGCCGCUUUUGACUUCGGAACCACGUACAGCGGUUAUGCUUUCUCUUUCAAAGAUGACCCUAACAAUAUUCAGACAAACCAGAACUGGUACGCAGGGGGUGUGGCUUCAAGGCUGGUUUCACUGAAAACACCUACAUCUGUCCUUCUUAACCCAAAAGGAGAGUUUGACAAGUUUGGAUUCGAGGCCGAAGACACGUACGCAAACCUUGCUGAAGAUGAUAAGCACCACGGCUGGAGACUAUUUCGGAAGUUUAAGAUGGUUCUGCAUAGUAAUGAGCACUUGACGAAAGACGUUACGGUAGAGGACUUUUGUGGAAAUCAAAUGACGGCUUUCCCGUUGUUUGUCAUGUCGAUCAAAUACCUGAGAGAACAUCUACUACAGGCGGUAACUACACAAAUGAUAGGAAUCGAAGAAACGGAUAUACUGUACGUGUUGACGGUUCCUGCUAUAUGGGAUGAAACUGCCAUAAGAUUUAUGAGGGACGCAGCUGUAGCAGCUGGGAUAUACCCAAACCGCCUAAAACUGGCCUUGGAGCCAGAGUGUGCCUCGAUCUGGUGCGAGACGCUAGGUAUGGACGUUAAGGGUGCUGUUACGAUUCAAGGAUCAAAGUACAUGGUCGUCGAUCUUGGAGGAGGCACCGCAGAUAUAUCUGUUCAUGAGAGAAAACCAGAUGGAACCCUGAAAGAGAUCCACAAAGCCAGUGGAGGUCCAUGGGGAGGCAUUUAUGUGGAUAAAAAAUACAUGGAAAUGAUAAAUAAACUUUUUGGAGAAAACGCUCUCACUGACCUCCGAAAGACUGAUAUGAAUGAUUAUUUCGACAUCACUAGGGAAUUCGAAUAUAAAAAACGGUCAUUUGAUACUGUCAAAACAAAGCAAUUUUUUUUACGUAUUUCUGCCUCUUUGAGAGAUCUUGUGGAAAAGUAUUAUUCCAAAUCUUUAGAGGAACGAAUUACGUCCUUAAACGUGCGGGGAAAUUCCAUCACCACGAGAGGCAAAGACAAGCUGAAGAUUGAUACAACAGUUGUCCAAUCAUGGUUUAAAAGACCAAUCGAUCUGCUGAUACAACAUCUGCAGUCUCUUUUAGCUGAACCAAAGAUGGAAAGCGUGCGAUCCGUUAUUCUAGUGGGCGGUUUCGGUGAAAGCCAGUACGCUCAGGGGAGAAUCAGGAAUGAAUUAGCCGGCGUGAGACUGAUCGUCCCUCCAGACGCGGGCCUCGUCGUGUUGAAAGGUGCCGUGAGGUUUGGACAUAACCCCGCCAUUGUCUCUUCAAGGAUCAUGAAACACACGUAUGGGACAAAAAUUAAUCAGCGGUUUGAUGACAAGAAGUACCCAGAUGAGAAGAAGGUUUGGAUAGAUGGAGAGUGGUGGAUGCCUGAAUGUUUCGAUGUGUACGUGCGGGUGAACGAGGAGGUGCGUGUGGAUCAACAGGUGACUAAAAUGAUUUUUCCUUUCAAAGCAUUUGUUCUCACAUCUGUGUACAGAACGACAAAGGAGAACCCCGAGUACACAAUAGACCCCGCUUGUGAACUGUUAGGGACUAUUCAACUUGAAAAUAGCGCCGAUAUUCCAUAUCGGCUGCAGAAAAUAGAAACAACGUUUAUGUUCGGCGAUACAGAACUUUUCGUCAAACAGAAGAACACGACAUCUGGAAAAGAAGCAUACAUGAUCUUUGAUUGCUUUAAGUGAAACGUUUUAAUGUAUUUGACAUGACUUGUAUAACCUUCUCACAAACUUUAUAGUGAGUUUAUAUAUUUUGCAAUCUAUUUGAAUAUCUUUCAAGUCUGUGUGUGCACAUAUUACUUACUACUACUACUACUACUACUACUACUACUACUACUAC